UAGGCUUUGGAAAAAAUGCAACUUGUCAUGUGAUAAAUUUUGCAUAAAGUUGUUAUGUCUUAUAUACGUAAUACAUAGUUUUUUAUGCUGGUGAUGAAUUCUCUCACACUGGAGCUUUUGGAAGUCUGAAAUCUAGAGCAAUGGCCAAGCAACUUGACCCAUCAGUUUGCAAUGUAACUGUUGCUGCUGGAGCUACUGUAUGCUUGGAAGGCGACUUCAUUGGCGAAAUCACUAUUGGAGCUAGGACUGUUGUUCAUCCUAAGGCUCGUAUUAUUGCAGAAGCUGGACCCAUCAUUAUAGGUGAAGGGAACCUGAUUGAAGAGCAAGCACAAAUAAUUAACAGACGUCCUGAAGGGAGUGAUGAUUCCAUUCAACGUACGCUCAACAUAGGCCACAACAACGUGUUUGAAGUUGACUGUCUGGUUGAAGCAGAAAGCAUUGGUGACAACAACGUUUUUGAAGCCAAGUCUCGCGUGGGUCGCGGCGUCACAGUUAGUCGAGGCUGUGUUGUUGGGUCACUCUGCACCCUCACCUGCCCUCAGGUGCUGGCAGAAAACAGUGUUGUGUAUGGGUCAGACCAUCUCCGCCGACAUCAGCAUGAGCGUCCCGUGGUGCAGGCCUUGCAGCUCGAGUUUCUCAACAAGGUGCUGCCAAAUUUCCAUUACCUGGUCAAGCCUAAGAAAAAAUCUGCUCCUGCUGCUGCAGUCCCGAGCUCGUGAUAUCUUUCAUUUACUUGCAUUAUUAAUCCAUUAACUUUAUCAGAUUUUAUUAUUUCUUGUACGAGUAUUUAUUCGUCGCCAAUCAGUCACACUUAGUCGGCUUGGUACAAUAUGUAAUUUUAAAAGUUACGCCACCGCAGUAAAUCUGCACGAGAGCUCCGCAAAGUAUGGACAGUUAAAUUCAAUUCACUACCGACACCUUCGUUUCGGUCUACUGAUAUUGCUACUUGAUUGACGUUGUGCUUUUACAUCAUCAGUAUCAAGUAAUUAUUAUUUUUACUCUGCACUUUGGAAGCUUUUGGUUGUGGGCAAUAUCCGCUUACAGGGCUGAAGCAUUGAGAGCCUGUUAAUGUCCUUAUAUCCGAAGCUGCUUAAAACAUUUAUUUUUUGAGGAUUAUGUGAAAAAUUUUUUAUCCAUUAAUGCUUCGAUGUUUAAAUUUGUGAGGCUUGCAAAAAAGCCAGGAAAUAAUUUUUUCUACGCAAAAAAAGCGGUAGCCUCGUUUAAAAAACGAUAGACACGCUUGUCAAUUAAUUGGUAUUCAUCGUGAUUAUGCACUCUCAACGAUCAUCCAUGCGAAUUUUUCAAAAUUUUGCACCUAGUUUCGCAUAAUAAAAUUAAAACUAUUACACAUGUAAUUACUUUACGGUUACUUACAUAUACUGUAAAUGAAAGGUAAUUACGCAAUGCUUGACUAUGAGAAGAGUGCGUGAACAAUGGUUCUCACAGUGAACAAUAGGAAAUUGCGUGAACAAUUGCAAUAAACCGUAAGCAUAACAGCAGCAGUUUGAAUAAAUAAUAUUGGCAAAAUUGCUUAUGUAACAAAUCGCUAAUACAAUCAUUACAGCUAUGGCGAUAGAACGUCAACUUGCGACACUACUGCUCAUGUAUGAUAAUUCUAACAAUCCUCAAAAUUAGAAUAUAUCGUAUUUUUUCUUCUCUCGGCGAGAGUUUUGCUCUGACGACACCCGAGCUUGAGCUCGAUUGGUCAAUUCAAGCUCUUGUUUCUUCUCGUCUAUUCUCUUCUGGAUGCUGCCAGCUGCCUCCUUAUCACGAGGAGCUUGUCUGGCCAUCGACUGAGACAGAUGAACAAUUUCGCGCUCCAGCUGUGCAGACCUCUGACCGAGCUGAUACCUGAACGCCAGUAGAAGUUUUAGCUUAAUAGAAAAUUACGCACUUGAUAAUGUAUUCAUCAUAAAAAAUCCUCUUAAAAUCCCGAAUUUUUAAUCAUUCCAUUUUCGAAUAAGAAUAUAUUCACAAAACGUCUAAAAGUCCUUAAACAUUCAAUGCCGUGGUAGUUUGUUAGAUUUUUUAUUAAACUUAUAGUUGAUAUUGUGCCGUUACAAAUUAUUCAGCGUACAGAUUACUUGCAUAAAUUGAACGAUUUAAAAUUAAAUAUGCACCGAA